UUCAGUGAUGAUCUGCCAAAACCCAUUCUCGAACCAUGUUGCAAAAAUAUAUUAAUAAUAGGAGGUUCCGAAGGUUUCGGUUUUGCAGCCGCCGAUCAUCUUCUGUGCAAAGGAGCCUGUAAUGUUGUGAUAGCGGAUGACGAUUGCGAGGAAGGUCUAAUGACAGCAGAAAAAUUGUGUAAUUCUUAUGGUAAAGGUCGCGCCCAGUUCAUCCACUGCGAUAUAAGAAGCCACUGUCAAUUCGAAGCUGGUUUGAGACAAGCGUUCAAUAAGUUAAAAAAGGUCGAUGUUGUCUUUAAUAAUCUGGACAAGAAAAGGCUUCCCUUGAAAUGCGGCCAUGAUAAGAAGAAGAAUGAGAAUUACACAGCCAGAACGAUUCGCAUGGCGAUGAAGCUUCUAGGGAAAAAUCACGGUGGUUCUGGUGGAACAAUAAUAAGUUGUGCAAGUAUUUUUGGAUUCCUCGGCUGGCCACAAGACCCGUUCCCCAUUUAUUGCAGGAAAGAACCAGUCAUAGAAGUGACCAUGGAUUUCGCGGACGAGAAUAGAGUGGAAGACACUGGAGUUCGUUUAAUAGCUGUUUGCCCCACAGACAAAUUAUUCGCCGAGUUAGGGUUACCAGACAUUCCUGAAAGUAUACCAAAUAAAAAGACGUGCAAACUACCUCAGUGUAUACCAACUGAGAAACAUCAAAUAGGACCAGCUUUAACAUACAUACUAGCUUGGGCAGAAAAUGGAAGUACAUGGGUAGUGGAAUCAGCGAUUAGCGUCCACAAAAUCCCUAGAUUAAUUCACUUCCCCAAGAAGGAGGGCGAGAAAGUCGAUCCAAAAGUUUACGAAGCACAAAACUGUCCUGUGAGGGUGAGAUCCCCUUGCGUCGAUACUUCAAUGGCUUGUAAAUUAACGGAAGCUCAAAGUUGUAAUAUAGAAAAGAAAUCGAAGAAGAAAUGAUAUGUUUUCUGGUAGUUGAAACAAACAUGGAAAUCAUUUUUUGGAUUUAUGGGAAAGUGUGUAAUUUGGAUUUUGUACAAAUUCCUACAUCCCCAAUUUCCAUGUUCUCCAAUUUCCACUUUCCCCAA